CGCUCGCGCUCGCUCAACGUCCGCAUUCCUUCCGUCGACCUCACAGCGAAGAGCGUACAGUCGUCGACGAGCACGACGCACGACCUCAUGCCGCCAAACACUAGCGAUUCGGCGCCCUCGCCCCGGCCGCCACCGUUGAUUGAUGACGACACGGCAUCGCGCAUGGCGCGUUGGGUGAAGGAGGUGGUCGUGUGCAACUUUGACCUUGAGCGUGGGCCGGUCGUCGAGCGCCGUGCGGGCGGCCGACGAUGGGGGCCCGGCGUGAAGGAGAACGUCGCGUUCUCCUCUUUUCCUGACACAUCACUCUUCACGGAGGGCAGCAUCCAGUUCAGCUUCAAAAUCCGGCAUGUGCCGCCGAACCCCGCCGAACUCGCGUUUCCCGAGCCGCCGUCGCCGCGCCCUGGGGCAGACCUGCCGCCGAGCAGGAGGGUACGCUCGCGCGACAGCGUGAGCGAGGGCGGUGGCUUACAUAUCCCCGAGCCGACAGACCGCGCAGAAGAGUACCGCAAGUGGGACGAGCGCGGGCGGGAGUGGAUGUACGGCUUUGUGUGGUUCCAGCAGCGGCGCGACCGCGGGAUAGCAAGAGGAUACAUGCAGAAAUCCGUCGUGAUCCUCACUCACCUCCCCUUCCCGGCGCUGUGGAGCGCCGUCCUUUCACAUCUCGCACCGGCGUUCUUCGCCCACGGAUACUCGGCGCUCGAGGUCGCGUGCCACGCCAUUGCCAACUGGCCCGAUCCCACGCCCGACGCAACCCUAGACCUCCCCUUCUUCAGCGAGAUGCUCCCCGUCAAGCUUCCCGACGACACGGACAACCCACAGGUCGGAUGGGGUCCUGAGCCGAUCCUCGCAGCCCACCCGCCCAGCUCGCCGCUGCGCGCCUUCGCCUCCUUCCUCCCCUCCCUCUGGAGUAUUUGGGAAUGCCUUGUGCUCGCCGAGCCGCUCCUCAUCAUCGCGCCGGACCCGCGCACAUGCUCCGAAAUCGUGUGGUGGCUGCGCGAACUCCUCCGCCCCAUCCCCCUCGCAGGCGACUUCAGGCCAUACCUCCACAUCCACGACCACGACUUUGCGCUCCUCGUGAACUCGAACAAGCCGCAGGCGGGCGUCGUCGUCGGUGUGACUAACCCCUUCUUCCGGAACGCCGCGAGCCACUGGCCCAACGUCAUCGCAGUGCCGAAUAAGGGCGCGCCGCGCCCCGCACGCGCCAUGCCCGACCACCCCGACGGCUUCAUCAGCAAGCGUCAGCGCAGCGUGCAGAAGGAGCGUGCGCUGCUGAAGCAGCUCGAAGCGCUCGUCGCCGCGGGCAAGCUGGACGACAAGGCGGGCAAUGUCGCGCUCCGCACCCACUUCCAGCAGCUGACGGAACGCUUCCUCGUCCCCUUGAACAGGUACUUCCAAACCCUCGUGCCGCCGCCUACCAGCGGCGCAUCGACGCCGCUGCGGCCCUCCCUCUCGCGCGCCUCCUCCUUCACAGGCCCGUCGACGCUCCCCGUGCCCCCGCCGCCGCCGGCGCUCAGCCUCUCGGGCCUGCGGCCGUUCAGCCUCCCGAACUUCCUGGCGCAUCUGAAGAAACACGGCCCAAACCCCCUCGCCUUCAAGUCCAAGGGGUUGGCGGGGAAGGCGCGCGUCGAGCACGACUUUUACGCGGCGUUCUGCCGCGGCGCGUGUUUCGCCGGCUGGCUCGCGGCGCGCGUCGACAGCCUCGGCGUCGCGGUCGCGAACAGCCUCGGCGUGCCCCCCGCCCGGUUGAGCGGC